GACUGUAAUUUGGCAGAUAAAGCACGGUGAUAAGCGAAGAUAUGCCCAGACUGAUAGCUUGGAUCUACGCGAAUGUAGGCUACCACAUGGCUUAGUCAAGUAACUCAAAGCCGUCCCAUCUUUAUAGUGCAACGUGUCAAACGCGCAUCCGCCAUUUGCCAUCGGAAAUUUCUGGAAACAGCAGUGUUAAAAGUUUACAGCCGAUUUCUUGGCUGCCAAUGUGUGGAAUCAUGCAUGAGAUUGUUUUACACUGAUAAUUUAUGUCAGAUGGAUGAAACAUAGGAAUAGAUAUGUUUGUUUUGGCCCAUGCCAUUGUAUUAGAUUAGCACAUACAUGCAUACAUUGAUCAUGUAUGUUGUAUAUGGGCACAGACACCCAUUACAACUUCCGUUUUUCGGUAGGGACGAUUGUAGUUCUGUGUGUUUUAGGGUGUAAAGUCUUUUUUUGCUGCCAGCCUGCCGUUUUUGGUGUACAGGUGGAUGCUUUGUAUCAAUAUGAUGGAAAUUGUCUAAGCUUUGGGCAGGUAUGAGUUUUAAUGAUGAAAGUUUGAAAUUCUGGGUGAGAGGAAACAAGGAGACAGAUGGUGAUGAGGCUGCAAGUGACGUCCCCUUGGCGUUGCUAGGCACGCCUCCCAGCUGCCGGCAUAGAAAGGUCCAGAUUUUGAUGAUCAACCUAUGUCAAGAUUUUUAUGGCUUCUUUCUCACAGGCUGGGUCAGCUGACAAGCUGUAUUUUCUACUUUCAAAACGACCAUUUGCCAAGUUACAUAGCCUGCCAGUUUGACGUCUAACAUGGACUGGGAACGUCUACUCUGUAAAGCCGAAUACAGUAUGGGAGAGCGCUUUAGGAAAACUAAUGGAGAGGAAUCAAGACAAGUUUCCUUUACAAACCUCGCAGCAGGAUCUCUCGUUCGUUUUGGCGGUAUAGUGGUGAAUGCAGGAUUGAAAGAAGAUGUGCUGUGCCAACCAGAGGUGGCAGAAUAUCUUUUAGAUGAGCUCAGUUCAACUACGGAGGAGAUAACUUAUUUUGGAAAAGAGAUUCCUGUCACGGUCUUGUGUGACAGACAGAAGAGGCGUCUUGCUGUGUACAAGGUAGAUAAUGUUUUCAAACCUCCAAAUGCUGUUAAACAAGAUUUAUUUAUUUGAUUGGUGUUUUACGCCAUACUCAAGAAUAUUUCACCUAUACAGCGGUAGCCAGCAUUAUGGUGGGAGGCAACCUUGCACAGCC